AUGACGAGCAACGUGGAUGCCGCGUGGCCAGGAGGUGCUGAGACAGCCGCCGUAUCUUCACACCCGCGCAAGGGUUGGCGACCCGCAAGGAUCCUUUCUGGUGCCGAUUUUUUCCGCCUUGCGAAUCCGCAUGUAGCGGAGACAGUCCUCAGGGCGUUCGAGUGUGCCCGUUGCGCCCGCGCGGGCACUCGCCGUCAACGAGUCUCCGAAAACGAAGGGCAACAAGCUCGACGGAGUGAAGCGGGGCCCGCCGCCUCUUCGGGAGAUGAAACAAACCGUGACUGUGAGUGCCCGGCUUCCGCGCAGCUCCAGCCGAGCCGGCAGCCUUCCUCGUGUCCGGCGCGCGGCGGAAGGGGCCCUCCUGUAUAUGGCUGCCUUUGUCCCAGAUCCAAACAGCUGAGAGUGGGGUGCGGGAGUGGACAUUUCCAUGCCAGCGCGUGGCGUGAGGAUCGGCGGAUUUUCCGAGCGUCGGCUUCGCACGGAGACGUGCCCUGCGGCGGACGUGAGUCCUCGAGGAUGAAGAGAGCCAGCGUUCGUGGAGCAUCGCUGGUGACCGGAGCUCUUGGCCGCCCACAUCCGCGCUGUUGGCUCGCGUUUGGAGCGCUGAUUGGUGUUGCGGCAAUCAUGUCGCUGACGCGCCCCUUCGCACAGACCUUCCCUACCGCUGCCACGGGCGCGGCGCGUGGAGCCAGCUCGGUCGCAGAACUGAUGCACUACCUAAAGACCGUGUUCCACUCGUCCCCUCUCGCCUACUGGCGACCCGCCGCGAGCCUCGUUUUCUCGGUGGUCGGCCUCGCGGCGGGUGUCGUAGUGCUCGCCUCCUUUUUGACCGGGCCGCAUAUCGUUGAAGAGUCCCUCGAGGUGGUCGCCAACUUUGGAGUGCAGCUGCAGCACACGACCCGCUGGGGCGGCGUCCGGCGCGAAUUCAUUGAAGCCUCGCAAGUCUCUGACGUCAUUAUCAACGAGGGAUUCCGCGUCUGUGACAUUAUCUUCUACGUCGCGCUUCUUGUCAAAGAUCGGCCAAACAUGGUUGUGCCGUUCCAGCAGCAGGACGACAGACAUGCGAAUAUCGGCGUGGCAUAG